UCGCAGCUGCCGGAUUCCGUGGAGUGGAGUUGACUCUCUUCUGCUCCCGCAGGUGACCAUGCCCCGGGCUCGCCAUCUGGAGAGAACAGUCCAGCCCCGCAGGGGCGACCUGCGGAAGUCCAGGACUCUUCCAUGCCAGUUCCUGCCCAGUCCAAAGCGGGAGGCUCUGGCAACUACUGGCCAGCUCGGCACUCAGGAGCCCGAGUGAUACUGCUGAUGCUCUACCGAGAGCACCUGAAUCCUAAUGGCUACCACUUCUUAACCAAGGAGGAGCUGCUGCAGAGGUGUGCUCAGAAGGCCCCCAGGGUAGCCCCUGGGAGUGCUCGACCCUGGCCAGCCCUCCGCUCCCUCCUCCACAGGAACCUGGUCCUCAGGACACACCAGCCAGCCAGGUACUCAUUGACCCCAGAGGGCCUGGAGCUGGCCCAGAAGUUAGCUGAGUCAGAAGGCCUGAGCUUGCUGAAUGUGGGCAUCGGGCCUAAGGAGCCCCCUGGGGAGGAGGCAGCAGUGCCAGGAGCAGCUUCAGCAGAGCUUGCCAGUGAAGCAGGGGUCCAGCAGCCACCACUGGAGCUGAGGCCUGGAGAGUACAGGGUGCUGUUGUGUGUGGACAUUGGCGAGACCCGGGGGGGCGGGCACAGGCCGGAGCUGCUCCGAGAGCUACAGCGGCUGCACGUGACCCACACAGUGCGCAAGCUGCACGUUGGGGAUUUUGUAUGGGUGGCACAGGAAACCAAUCCUAGAGACCCAGCAGCGAGCCCUGGGGAGUUGGUACUGGACCACAUUGUAGAGCGCAAGCGGCUGGAUGACCUUUGCAGCAGCAUCAUUGACAGCCGCUUCCGGGAGCAGAAGUUCCGCCUGAAGCGCUGUGGCCUGGAGCGCCGGGUAUACCUGGUGGAAGAGCAUGGCUCGGUCCACAAUCUCAGCCUUCCUGAGAGUACGCUGCUGCAGGCUGUCACUAACACUCAGGUCAUUGAUGGCUUUUUUGUGAAGCGCACAGCAGACAUUAAGGAGUCAGCUGCCUAUCUGGCCCUCUUGACGCGGGGCUUGCAGAGACUCUACCAGGGCCACACCCUACGCAGCCGCCCCUGGGGAACCCCUGGGAACCCUGAAUCGGGGGCCAUGCCCUCUCCAAACCCUCUCUGCUCACUCCUCACCUUCAGUGACUUCAACGCAGGAGCCAUCAAAAAUAAGGCCCAGUCAGUGCGAGAAGUGUUUGCCCGGCAGCUGAUGCAGGUGCGCGGAGUGAGUGGGGAGAAAGCAGCAGCCCUGGUGGAUCGAUACAGCACCCCUGCCAGCCUCCUGGCCGCCUAUGAUGCCUGUGCCACCCCCAAGGAACAAGAGACACUGCUAAGCACCAUCAAGUGUGGGCGUCUACAGAGGCUCCUGCCUUCAGAAAUCUCCUGCUGGGGCUCUUCCCACCCUUUCCAGCUCAUUCUGUCUGACCCAGGCUAACUGAUGAUUCAAGGUCACCAUGUGGCUCUUGGGAGUGGUGGGACCUUUGGUGACCCAAAGUCAGCAGACUCCCUUCAGAGCAUUCAGUUUCAAAAUGAAAGAGAAGCGCUGGUUCUAGACAAACCCCUUCUCCUGGUGAGACCCAUGCAUGCCGCUGCCACUCACCGUGAGCAGCUCACUGUGAGCCACCCCUGGCCCCCUCCCACCUAACACAUCCACCAGCAAGGAGUGGACUUUCUGACCCCAGGCCCCUGCACACGCCAUUCCCUUGGUUUGUGGGUGAAAUUGAGAUCAGACAUGGAAAACUAGUACCAGGACUCAAA